AUGCAGGGUCCUCCAAGUACAACGGAGAAGUCAACUACUCGUGUGACAACUACUGAGGCUCUUUUAACAACUGCCCCACCUUCAACAACAGCCCAACCCUCAACAACUGCCCCACCUUCAACAACCAUGGAGGUAACAACAGUUGUGACUACUACCCCUGAAUCUACCACAAAGGAAGUCACCACAGUGGAGUCCACAACAGUGUCAACUACUUCACCACCAUCAACUACUCCAGAGGUAUGUGCGGAUGAUCUUGACAAAUUGCCAAAUGUGACGAUAAUACGCGAAGACCCAGAAUCAGGCAAAGAAUUACCUCCGACUGAAUGGUGGCGGCCUAGCAACCCACCCAACGAUGUUACAUCACCACACAAUGGAUCAUGUUUGGGGGCUACCUUCAGCCCACGGGUUGAAAUCACGUCGGUCAUCAUAAAGACAGAACAAGGCCCACCGGGAGACAUAACUGUUUCCUUCAAAUUUCAACCAGGUGACAGGCAACCAUACCUGCCUCUAGUAGAUGAAGCUGGCUCUCCUAUCUUUAUUGGCAAAACAGAUCAAAAGAUCUAUCUACCAUCCAGUAUGGCGUUGGUGACGGGACUCAAAGUUUGCAUCAUCACCUCAAACCCAGAUGGUUACAAAGUGAUAUUCAACGGUUGUGAACACGGAGUGACUACAACCAAAGCACCCUCAACAACAGAGGCACCCUCAACAACAGGUGAGCUAGGUUUUUGCUUGUACUUGUGA